AUGCUGGGUAGCAAGCGGCUGGGACUGUCCGGACUGACCCUCGCCCUGUCGCUGCUCGUGUGCCUGGGCGCUCUGGCCGAGGCGUACCCCUCCAAGCCAGACAACCCCGGAGAGGACGCGCCGGCCGAGGACUUGGCCAGAUACUACUCGGCGCUGCGACACUACAUCAAUCUCAUCACCAGGCAAAGAUAUGGAAAACGAUCUAGCCCUGAGACACUGAUUUCAGACCUCUUGAUGAGAGACAGCACGGAAAACAUUCCCAGAACUAGGCUGGAAGAUCCUUCUGUGUGGUGAUGGGAAAUGAAACUCGCUCUCCGGUCUUUGCCUAUUUUUCAACCCUCAUUUCAUCCUGUAAAACUAGAGUCUGCUGGUCCUCCCAAUGCAUGCAGCCCCUGUGCUCACCUCUGCAGAAGUUCCUUGUGUUGUCAUUGUAUAUGUGUGCAUUUAAAUAAAGUACCAUGCAUUCAAAA